AUUGGAAAUUUUGGAGGACCGGACCUGGAAUCUCGGCCGUGUCGCUGUUCAUCGUCACCCAACGCCCACGACCGCCACCACAUCCACCCUCACAAUGUCGCCACGGAUAGUAUCGCCGUUGCAUGCUGCGACAUGCUGUAGCCGCGCCCUUCGCCCCUCCACGAACCCCACGAGCCUCGUCUCCCUCUUCGCCGGCCUGUCCAUUGGCACCCGCAAUGCCUCCAUCCUCGCCAGCCUGAGCGACAACAAGGGAGCUUACAACAAGCGCAUCAGACUCGGUCGCGGUCCCUCUGCCGGCAAGGGCAAGACGUCUGGAAGAGGUCACAAGGGUCAGGGACAGCAUGGUCACGUUAAGCCGUGGUUCCAGGGUGGUCAGACACCGUUGAUCGUGCAAAGGGGAACCAAGGGUUUCGACAACAAGCGCGCUCCCGUCAUGUCCAAACUGAACCUCGACAAGCUCCAACAAUGGAUCGAUGCCGGCCGCCUGGACCCCACGAAGCAAAUCACCGUCAAGGAAAUCAUCGAGUCGGGCCUCAUCGGUAGCGUUAAGGACGGCAUCAAGCUCCUCGGCCGUGGCAAGACCGACCUCCGCCAGCCCAUCGACAUCAUGGUCUCGCGCGCCUCCGCCUCCGCCAUCGACGCUGUCGAGGGCAACGGCGGCAAGAUCCUCACCAGGUUCUACACCAAGCAGUCCAUCAAGCGCCUCCUCCGCGGCGAGUCCCAGAACACGGAUAAGCCUCUGCCUGUUGGCAAGGAGUAUGUCGAGAGCAUCCUCUCCGAGGCCCGCAAGAAGACGUUCCUCUACAGAUUGCCCGACCCCACGAGCCGUGAGGAUAUCGAGUACUACCGCGACCCCGCCCACCGCGGUUACUUGAGCCACUUGCUCAAGGAGGGCGAGUCACCGUCUUUGUACUUCAAGGUGCCGCUUGCGAGAAAGCGCAUCGAGCACGCCGACAAGGAGUCGCGCAAGGAGACCAAGAAGGUUACCCGCGACAACACCCUUUGGUAGACACGGGAGAGCGGUUGUUGGUGUGGAGGAAGAGCACAAAAAAGAACAGGACGAAAAAAUGUACCAUUACUUCCCGGCGAUUUGUAUGUACAGACAUUGUAUCAAUACUACUACUACCUCCCAAG